AAGUAAAUAAUGCUCGCUUCCGGUGCUCGUCAGUGUCUGUACCUGAACACGGUUUGUAGAUGGUUUUGUUUCUAAAUCAGGGUUUUAAUGUUACUGUAGCGGCCAACAAAUGUCCGACGCCCUGCCAGUUUGGUUCGCGGUCCAGGCGGAGCUCCUGGGACACGAAGAGGAGCUGGACUCUCAGUCCAGGAGCUGUUUUGCUUGCUACGACGACGACACUUUGUUCGAGAUGUUCCACCUAACGCGACCUUGCAUCGAGUUCAUCGCAGACAUCAUCCGUGUUCGCAUGAAGAAAUACAUGCUCUCGCCGUUAACAGUAGAUACCAUGAUAAUGGUGACACUCAAUUACUACGCCCACGGCUCCACCACCAUUGCUCUUGUGAAGCGUUUCAACCUGAAGACGGACUGCCAGAGCAUCGUGUGUACGGUGUCCGAGGUGGUGGCCAGUAUGUCCGAUCAGUUCAUCUCGUUCCCGCAGACCCGAAGGGCGAAAGUGGACAUCGCUCACAUGGUGGAGGAAUUCUGCGGGAUUCCAGACGUGCUGGGAAUCCUGGCUCCGACUCACUUCAAGAUCCGAUCCUCGCCCAGUGAUAAAAACACGUUGGCAUUCACACGCCAGCAAUUUGUCAACACGCUCGGCUACAAAUCUGUAGUCAGUCAGAUUAUUUGUGAUCUGGAUGGCAACAUCCUGAGUGUGGAGAAGUGUUGCGUGGGGAGCACAUGCGAGCAGGACUUAUGGCGCACGUCGUUUCGAGGGCGAGAAAUCGAAGAGGAACUGUAUGGACAAUAUUGGGUUAUAGGAGGUGAAGGCUACAACUUAAGCAAACGACUCCUGACUCCCGUGUCCGACCCCGAAGGUGACGCUCAGUUCCGCUUCAACGAAGCCCAUGCCAAGAUUCACAAUGUGACGCAGACAAAACUGCGCUCCCUGAAGUGGCGUUUCAGAUGCUUGACUCAGCUCAGCUUUGCGCUAGACAAGUUAACCAACGUGGUCAAGGCUUGCUGUGUCUUGCACAACAUCGCCAAGAAGUUCUCUGUGCCCCUGCCGAUCGGGGAUGACAAAUUUGAAGACCGACAGCCAAGCAAUCCUUGCCCGGGAUUGGCGGCGGCGCUUAGCUCUGACGGCUUGAGGGCUCGACAGGAACUCAUCGAUUCUAGCUUCAAUACUCCGCCGCAUCAAGAGGAGCCAGAAUGAUGGUGUCAGAUGUUUUGAUUUUGAUUUUCACACAGGAAGAUGGAAGUUCCUACACCAUCAUGACACCAAAAGGGCACACUCGACAGACAUUCCAUUAGGUACACCAACAAUCUAAUGAGAUCCAUUCCGAGAGUUGUAGCACAAAUUCAUCCCUGUAUUCAUAUUUAACCUUCCUCUUGUGUUAGCUUUCUGGUAUCAUCUCUUAUGUUAAUGGUUCGGUUUUGACCCAUGUAUUAAAUCAGCUAUAAAAUACACUAAAAACAAUAAGUUACCAUCAAAUUUGCUUCUCAUGUCUUGGUUACCUUCUUAGGCUUCCUCAUCCAUGAAAAUGUUGGUUUUAAUACUUUUGGUGUGGGCAUGUAGGCCUUUUUUUGUCACUAUACCCCUCCAUUUCAAUUUCCAAAAAUGGUAAAAUGAACCUCAAAAGAAUCAUAUUCAUAAAUUGAAGGUUCUUGAGAACAUAUCUCUUAAAUCAAUUAGUUUGAUUUAUUUUCUCAUUUUAGUAUUAAUCAGUAAAGAAACAUGUAUGGUGUUGGGGUGAAUUUUGACCCAUAUAUAUUAAUGUCAAGAAAAGGUAGAAAAAGUUGUUGUUUUCAGCAACAGAACUUUAGUAUAAAGUGAAAUGAAAAAGCAGAACAGGUCCAGAUCUUGGUUCACUGUACUUCUUGCCAUUCUUUCCAUGAUCCAAAUUGUAAAUGUGAAAUCAGCCAAUCAAAUGAGUGAAUUCACCUCACAUGUAAACUGGACAUUGUUUUUCUGCUGGUAUACUGGAAAAGCGGUGAAAAUGAGAAUCCCCUGAAGCUUCCAUGAUGAGAAGAGGAGCUGGUUGUCAUUGUGUUGGCUAAUUGUACACUUAGGAUUUCAGUUUUGCCUCAAAAUAUUGCUUUAUAGUCAUAUUAUUAUAACCGGGUCGAAACCGACCCUAACAAUACAGUGGUCAUAAUUUCAACCAGACCAUUUUAAAAUGUAGUAAAAAAUAUUUUUUUGGUUUCCUGACAAAGUCAAAAAGCCUUGAUGCAAUAAACAAAUGUUAUGUGAUUCUUUUUAUGCAUUAAAAUGUAAAACGGGUCAGUGCCGACCCCAACACAAAAGGAGGGUUACACAACUUUAAAUAAAUAAGCAGAGCUCCCACAUUCUAUUGUGCGCUCCAUCCACUUUUUACAUGUACACUAAUUCCACUAAUUCCACUUCUCCAACGUAUCAGAUAUCACAUGUCACAUACAACAACAUAACAUGAAGGUGUGUGGACACAAACAUUACCAACAUUAUGCUUUACUGAAGUGAAAUAAAUGUAUUCAAAGUACAGCUCCCACGUCUGUAGCUGACAUACAGUAGGUGGCAGAGCUCCAGGUUUUAUUUUAAGAUGUGCAGUGAAGCCUGAUUUCUUUUUCUACACAAAGCUGUCCCCAAUGGACAUUUUAAAUAAGGGACUUUUAAUCAUAUUUGUAGUCAUGUAGAACUGCGCUGUAUCACACUAAGUGUUUUGAAGUGUGACUUUCAGGUAGUUAAAUAAAGCAAUCCAAAUAUUACAAAUACUUUUUUUUUAUCUCUGGAAAGGAAUACAAUUGUUAUUGUGGAUUGUGCAGGUGUACCUAAUGUCAACCAACGCUUGAUUGCAGUUGUUGCUGCAAACACUUUUUCACACCACUGUAGCUACAGUAUUCCGAUUCAGACUGUCGUUUUGUCGAACUCUCUCAUCGCUGUGGCAUUCACGUAUAUCACGUCAAAGUUCUCGUAUAUGUUUUCAUCAGUCUCACCUCGAGAUUUCAGAUAGUCCAAGAUGGACUGGUGCAGGAAAACAUACUGGGACUGCAAAGAAACCAGAAGUCAAAUUUGUAAUGUAGAACAUGCUAACGGUCCAACAACAGUGAGUAGCUAGCAUGUGUGUGGUACCUCCGUCUGCACCAUGUGUGGCCGCCGCAGUCUCAUUUUGUGCACAAACGCGUUGAUGCCGACUUUUUUGUCUCUGCGCAGCUGUUGAAGCAGAACAUCUAAGGCUAUAAUGGUGCCGGUCCUUCCCACUCCAGCACUAGAAGACAAAAACAUGAUCAUCAAUUGUCCUAUACGAUUAUCAUCAUUUGAAGUAUCAUACCUGCAGUGAACUACAGUGGGAGCCUUGGUCCCUUGUAUAUCAAUGUGCUGCCUAAUAAGCCCUCUGAACUGGAUUAGGACAUCCGUACUCUGAGGGACACCGUGAUCAGGCCAGGCAGUAAAGUGGAAAUGUUUCACCAUCCUCUCUGUUGAGUCGUUCCUCUGGAAACACACAACACGUCAACAAGUUAAAGUGUACAGCACUGAAAAUAUUGUGAUGUAUUGUAACAGUAUUGGCAUACAUGUUUCACAUGGAAUUCCCUUAAUGUCCAGUUGGGCUCUUGUUGUUCAGAUGCAAUGGUGAUGGUCAGCUCUCCUUGAAGGCAACUCCUGCCUUGUUCAGGCCAGUAAUGUUCACAUUUAGUCUGGAAAAAAAU